GCUCAAGGGCCUUGCGCUUACCGGCGCCUCCGUUUCGAGCUUUCGGAUGGACGAGCACCCGGCGCGGAAGCACAAGCUGCGGCACGGGCCGCUGAGCUACGAGAUCUUCCGCAAGGUGGACUCCUUGCAGCUGCACGCGCCCUAUGACCUCAAGGAGAAGGAGCUGAACGAGGCGAGGAGCCAGAGCCACUCCUUCGGUCUGCGCGAGGAGCGCCUGGCCAAACGGCUCCGGCAGUUCCUCAACGUCUUGGUGGGGGUCUCGGUGGGCCUCACCGCGGCGCUGGUGCGCUAUGGCUGCGAGAAGCUGGGGGACGCGCGGCAGGGCCUGCUGCUGCGUUUGGUGGCCCAUGAGCCCGGCUGGAGCAUGGGCUUCCUGCGGGCCUUGCUGGUGACCUCCGGCAUCACCGCGGCCUGCGCGGUGCUGGCCACGGUGGCGGUGGCCUUGGUGCCGGCCUCCUCGGGUUCGGGGAUCCCCGGCGUCCUGGCCUUCCUGAACGGGGUGGACCUGCGCUCCGCGCUGCGGGGCCCCGUGCUGGCGGCCAAGGCCCUGGGCACGGUGCUGGCGGUGGGCGGAGGCUUGGCACUGGGCCCAGAGGGGCCCAUGGUGCACAUCGGCGCCAUUGUGGGCAUGCUAGUGUGCCGGCGCUGCCUGGCCCCCACGCUGCAGAAGAUGGGGCCUUUGAGCCGGCAGCUGGAGAAGGAGCUGUCGCGGCAGCCGCUGCGGUACCACGUGCAGGCGGCGGUGAUGGGCGGCGGCGCGGGCAUCGCGGCGGCCUUCAACGCGCCGCUGGCGGGCACCGUCUUCGUGGUGGAGGAGGCGGCCUCCUUCUUCUCCAAGCGCCUGCUGCUGCACUCCUUCGUAAGCUGCGCCUUUGCGGUGCUCACCUCCAACCUGGUGGCGAAGCUGCUGAAUUUACCGGCAGAGUCCAUCUACGCGCGCACGGACGCGUGCUUGGGCACCAAGAGCUGGGCGGACACGGGCAACCUGCACGUGGCCUUCCACAUCACUGUGGUGGGGGUCCUUUGCGGGCUGCUGGCCAUCCUCUUCAACCGCCUUGUGGUGGCCGUGGCCACCUACUGGGCCGAGGAGGCCGCGAGGAUCGGACGUACCUGGAACCUCUUCGCCCGGCGCUUUGGGUUCUCUCUCUUCAUCGGCGCCCUCUGUGGGGCCUUCGUCCUGUGCCUCCCGCAGUCGGGGCCUUGCCUGGAGAGCAGCCUGCAGAACGCCUUCUCCGGGAGUAGCGGGUGCAUCUCGGAGGCGUGGCUGCACCAGUUGGUGGCCGGGUCGCGGUCGGUGACCUCCACCACGCUGCCGGUGGAGCUGCGGGGGGAGGGCCCGCGCACCAUGAGCUUUGAGCCCCACCCGGGCCUCUUCGGGGCCCAGUACGACCCGGUGCGCUGCCCCGUGGCGGUCAGCAUGUUGGACCACUGCCGCGUGCCGAACAUCCAGCUCUACUUCCCCCAAGGCUCACAACUGCGCUCCACGGACUACUGCUGCGGCUUCGAGGACUACGACGCCCUGCUGCGGGGGGAGUUCUACAACACCUCCACGCCCAAGGCCCCGCUGAUCAUGGGCGAGAGCUGGCCAAGAGGAUCCUGCAGGGGCUCGGUGUGGGAUGCAAAGAACAAGGUCUUCAUGGACCACUACAGCCCCGGGGCCGCUCUGACGCUGGUCUCCCCCACCGCGGCGGUGCGGAACCUCCUGACGCGGGGAGCACCUGGAGUGCUGCCCAUGUCCACGGUGGCCUCGUUCUUGGUUUGCUUCUUCCUGCUGGCCGCCUGCUGCUCUACCGCCUGGAUCCCCGGGGGCCUGCUAGUGCCCAUGAUGUGCAUCGGCGCAGCGGCCGGCCGCCUCUACGGCAUGGUCUGGCACGCCAUCUUGGGGGGCGCCUCUCCCCUGACGGCGGUCCCCUGGAUCCCGGAGCUGCGGCCCUUGCUCCUGCUGCUGUAUCCCAAGGACACCGCGGCGGUGCCGGUGGACCCGGGCAUCUUGGCCUUCGCGGGCUGCGCGGCCUUCCUCAGCGGCAGCGGCUCCCUGGUGAUGUUCGUGCUGGUGCUCUUGCUGGAGGUGGCUCAGGAGCCGUUCCUCAUCCCCGUGGUCUUGAUCUCCAUCCUGGCCGCGCGCGCGGUGGCCUCCCUGCUGGGGGUGCACGGCCUCUACCACGAGCUGAUGAACGUCCAAAGCUUGCCCUUCCUGUCCGAGACCCCGCACUGGCGACAGGGCCACUAUGUGGUCGCGGACCUCCUUCGAGAGGAUGCCCGCAUGCAGCGGGAGCUGCCGCCCGCCACCUUCGUGGGGGAGAACAUGGCCACCUUCCGGCGCGAGGACGGCACGGCCAACGCCGAGUUUCCGCAGCUCAUCCUCCUGUCUCGCCACGCCAACGACGCGGAGGUCACCGACGCCCUGGAGCGGCGCCUCCCGGGCGAUGAGACGCAGGUCCACGGCUUCCCCGUGGUGGACCAAAACGGUCAGCUCUCUGGGCUGGCCACCCGCGACGCGCUGGUGGGGCUGCUGAAGCUCCGGGCCUCGCGCCCGGCGGGGUCCCGCAGCUUCAGCCAGGCGCUGGCGCCCAGCAUCCCCGGGGAGAACGUGGAGGACGUCAUGGACUCUGCGCCCUUUGUAGUGCAAGCCUCCACUCCCGUGAACCACGCCCACAUGCUCUUCGCCCGCUGCGGCUUGAGGCACGUGGUGGUGGUGGACACGAGCCACCGGCCCAUCGGGGUGCUGACGCGGAAGAGCUUGAUGCCCUGGCGCACCCCCUGGCUGGAUGAGGACAACCUCCACCACGACACUUUCCUGGAGCAGCGCGCGGCUCACUCGCCGACGGCCUCGCCCAUCGUGUCUCGGGGCAACUCCCCGCCCAGCACGCCACCCAUCUCCAGGCAGGGCUCCUACCGGCGCCCGACCCUGGAGCGGCAGAGCUCCCUGCGCAGCGCAGGCGGCGGCAACAGCGGCCACAGUGGCCACAGCGGCCAAAGCGUGAGCGAUCGAGUGCGGAGCGUCUCCGGUAUAUCGGGGGAGGAGAGAGAGGUCCAGCUGCUGAGCCCCUUGGCAGAGUCCAUGCGGCUCACGACCAUGAGCGGCAACGCGCUGAGCCAAGCAGAUGAGGCCGAAGCCGAAGCGCAGAUGGUGAUGCACGGCGCAGAGGGCGCCGAGACCGGCGAGACCGGCGAGCGAUGAGCCGCUCGAGCGCUCCUGGCCGGCGAGCGAUGAGCGCGGUUUGCUGAGGUUGGCCCCGCCAGGUUAUCUCGCUGCAGUGCUACUGUG